ACAAACACACACACACACACACACACACACACACACACACACACACACACAGAGGCAGGCUGAGAGGACAGACAGUACAGUAGUUCACAGGUAUGAUGAGGUGCGUCUUGUUUCUGGCUCUGAUGGUCUCUGAGGUUUGUGGUGAUAUGAAUCUACAUGACUACUGGAUGUCCUGGAAAAAAGAAUUCAAUAAAAAUUACAGCAGUGUGAGAGAGGAAACAUACAGGAGAACAAUCUGGGAGCAGAAUGUUUUGGAAGUGAUGAAGCACAAUGAAGAAGCUGCAGCAGGACAACAUACCUUUACCACUGGGAUCAAUCACCUUUCAGACAUGUGUGAACUGGACUGAGGAUGGAUUUGUCACCCCUGUACAGGACCAGGGUGACUGCAAUGCCUGCUGGGCGUUCAGUGCAGUUGGAGCUUUAGAAGCUCAAAUGAAGAUGAAGAAGGGUCGUCUUGUUCCUCUGAGUGUUCAGAACCUGGUGGACUGCAGUUCUGAGGAGGGAAACUGUGGCUGCUCUGGAGGCCUCCUGACUAAUGCCUUUAAUUACAUAAUAAACCACAGGGGCAUCAGCAAGGACGCUGACUACCCUUAUGAACAAAAGGUUGGAUUUUGCUUCCCUAGUCAUAAAUAUGGACGCUGUUUUGGUUUCCGGGUUCUUCAGCGUUAUAAUGAGUUUGAGCUGCAGAAGGUGGUGGCUAACAUCGGGCCGGUCGCAGUAGGAAUUAAUGCUAACAAUUCCACAUUUUACCAUUACAAGACUGGUAUUUACAAUUACUGUUCUGAAGCUCAACCACUGAAUCACGCAGUUCUUGUGGUUGGAUAUGGAAAAGAAGAUGGGCAACAAUACUGGCUGGUCAAAAACAGUUGGGGUGUUAACUGGGGAGAAGGAGGAUAUAUGAGACUCCAGAGAAACAACAAUCAGUGUGGAAUCGGCAGCUACAGUGUCGUCCCCAUUGUAUAACCUCAGGAGAUUUUUCCUUUCCUUGCUGUAAUGAACUAAUUUUAUUCAUUAAUCUCUAAUAAAAUGUUAGUCUUCUGUACGUACGUAUGCAUGUACGCAACAUCUGGUAGUUGUGAUGAAAAAACAUUUCUGUUUUUAGAAUGAACAAAAUCCAGAGCUGCUUAUAUUGUAUACCAUGUGGUCCAUUCACCAGAUUAAUGUGAAAUAAAUGUUUGUUUUUAACAUUA